GCAAGAGGCGCUGGGGGACACAGCUGCUUCAGCUGCCGCCUCCCGGGUGCCCCGCCACUUCCUGGGGAACGGAAGACACCCCGGUGAAAACAGACGUGCCAGAGAGCAGAAAACCGGCCUGGGCCUGGGAGCCUCCUCUGGCCGGCCAGGCAGCCCAGGGGUCAAAGCUCAUGGCCGCGUGAGCCUCCCCUGGGCCCAGCCCCCCGGCAUGGUCCAGGCCCGCGGGCAGUACUCCAGAGCACAGCCGCGGGCCCCCCUUCCCCCGAGGGCAGCCAUGACCCAGCUUCCACCUGACCAGGCGCCGGCCAAGAAGCACGUGCGCCUGCAGGAGAGGCGCGGCUCCAACGUGGCUCUGAUGCUGGACGUGCGGUCCCUGGGGGCCGUGGAGCCCAUCUGCUCGGUGCGCACGCCCCAGGAGGUCACCCUGCACUUUCUGCGCACAGCCAGGCACCCCCUCACCCGCCGGGCCCUGCAGCACCAGCCACCCAGCCCCAAGCAGCUGGAAGAGGAAUUCUUGAAGAUCCCCUCAAACUUUGUCAGCCCUGAAGACCUGGAUAUUCCUGGCCACGCCUCCAAGGACCGAUACAAGACCAUCCUGCCAAACCCCCAGAGCCGCGUCUGUCUGGGUCGGGCGCAGAGCCAGGAGGACGGAGAUUACAUCAACGCCAACUACAUCCGGGGAUUCGGUGGGAAGGACAAGGCCUACAUCGCCACCCAGGGCCCUAUGCCCAACACCGUGUCGGACUUCUGGGAGAUGGUGUGGCAGGAGGAGACGUCCCUCAUCGUCAUGCUGACUCAGCUCCGAGAGGGCAAGGAGAAGUGUGUCCACUACUGGCCCGCGGAGGAGGAGACCUACGGGCCCUUCCGCAUCCAUGUCCAGGACGUGAGAGAGCGCCCGGAAUACACCGUGAGGCAGCUCACCAUGCAGCACCAGGAAGAGCGCCGGUCAGUGAAGCACAUCCUCUUCUCGGCCUGGCCUGACCACCAGACCCCAGAAUCGGCUGGGCCCCUGCUGCGCCUGGUGGCCGAGGUGGAGGACAGUCCAGAGACAGCCGCCAACACUGGGCCCGUCGUGGUCCACUGCAGCGCAGGGAUCGGCCGGACUGGCUGCUUCAUCGCCACCCGCAUCGGCUGCCAACAGCUGAAGGCCCUCGGGGAAGUGGACAUCCUGGGCAUCGUGUGCCAGCUGCGGCUGGACAGGGGAGGCAUGAUCCAGACCGCGGAGCAGUACCGGUUCCUGCACCACACCUUGGCCUUGUACGCCGCCCAGCUGCCGGAGGGGCCCAGCCCCUGACCCUGGCACCCUCCCCCGCCCAGGCCGCUUCCC